AUGCCCAUCCGCGGUCCCGUCCCCGUCAAACUCUACAAACUAGAUAAGGCCGAGACCCUCCGAAUCGGCCCCCUCACGAUCCGGGUUUAUGAAGAUGGCUCGCUGACAGAAAAUCGUGUCAGCUCCAUCUUAAUUGAGAUACCGGCUGGCCAGAGCGGGCCUCCAAUGCAUUGGCACCGGUUUCAUGAUGAGUUAUUUUUCGUGACGAAGGGCCGUGUCGCCUUCAUCACGCCCACCAACGAAGUUGUCGCCUCGGCGGGAGACUUGAUGACGAUCCCUCCUGGUGCGAUUCACACGUUUAAGAAUGCCAGCUCUACGGAGGAUGCUGAGUGCUACAUGACUGCGACGCCGGGGCAGUAUGUUGAUUACUUCCGUAUGUUGGCCAAGGUCACUCAGGCGGGAAAGCCGCUUACUAUGAACGAUGUGCGGCAUAUGAUGGCGCUGUUUGGGACGUUCCCACCGGACGUCGAUUCGGAGCCUUGA